AUGGGCACGCGCAGGUCCUACGCGCUGGUGGACACCACGCCGGCCAAGACCAUCCUGGUGUACCGCAACGGGGACCAGUUCUACGUGGGCCGCAAGUUCGUGUUCUUGAGGCACCGCGUGGCCAACUUCGAGGCACUGCUGGAGCAGCUGACCGAGCAGGUGGAUGUGCCCUUCGGCGUGCGGCGCAUCUACACGCCCACAUGUGGCCACCGGGUGCUCGAGCUGGAUGCGCUGCAGGCAGGGGGCAAGUACGUGGCUGCAGGCCGCGAGCGCUUCAAGAAGCUCGAUUAUAUUCAUAUAGUUCCCAGAAAACCUUCAAAGAUGAGAAAGUUGAAGGAAAUCAAGCCGGUGGUACAUUGUGAUAUCAACGUGCCUUCCAGGUGGCAAACACUGAACCGGACAUUCAGACAUAUAAAUGUUUUCACAAAUGGAAGAUUAUUUAUCCCACCUAUAAAGAUCAUUAUACCCAAAUUCAGCCUCUCAGAUUGGAAUAGUGUGCUGGCCAUGGUUGGAGAAAAAGUCUUCCCUCUAGGAGGCGUUCGAAAAUUAUAUACCAUGGAUGGACAUCUUUUGGACAACUCAAAUGAUUUGCAAGACAAUUAUUUUUAUGUUGCCGCCGGGCUGGAGACCUUCAAAUCUGUUCCUUACUGGAGGUCCUCACGUGUCCCCAGUGAGGUUCAGCAGAGGUAUGGGAACACUGAGAAACACCCCCCCCAAAAGAAAAAAGUGGAGUCCAAAGGAAAAGAACCUCCCCCACAUAACAAUCUGCCAUUUAAAAACCAGGAUUCUGUUUAUUAUGCCAAAGAGAAGGAAAAGAUGUCAGAGGGAACUUUAAUCCAAAGUGGUGCAGAAGGCGAUGUGUAUAAAGCACAGACUCCUGCCAAGGAGACACAGGAGGCGCUGGACAUCAGGGAGGACCCGGAGGUGAAGGUGGAGGUACCUGUGGACCAGGCACCAGCUGAAAUUGUUAAGGAAGUCGAUGAAAUGCAACCCUGA